AUGACACCCGCCGAAUCCUUUCGAGUUCUAGACGACCAGGGCAGGCCAAUCACCCUCGUUCAGGCGGAAUCGAGCCUGAAGAUCAGUGCCAUUGCGUACGGUUCGGCACAGCAGCAAAAGAAGGCCAUGGUGCUGGUGAACCCUAGCUCUGGCCCGGGUCACGCCGUCAAGCUUUGGGAGAAACAAGUAAAGCCCCUGUUCGACGCGGCGAGGAUGCACUUUGAUGUGGUGUUCCUUAAGAAAGGCGGCGAGGCGACGGAGCUGAUGCAAAAUCUGGAUUACAAGACGUACGACGCAAUUAUUGCCUGCUCCGGCGACGGGACGCCGCACGAGAUCUUCAAUGGCCUGGCGAAGCGACCUGAUGCGGGCAGAGCUUUGAGGAAGUUGGCCAUUGCCCAGGUGCCGUGUGGCUCUGGCAAUGCCAUGGCAAUCAACCUUUACGGAAGUAACAAGGCCGCCGUGGCCGCCAUCGGAAUCAUUAAGGGUGUUGUGACGCCGGUUGACCUUGUCUCUAUCACCCAAGGUGAGAACAACAACCGCUACGUGUCGGUCCUGUCGCAGGCGGUCGGUAUCAUAGCGGAGAGCGAUCUUGCUACGGAACAUUUGCGGUGGAUGGGGAGCAAACGUUUCGAGGUUGGGCUGGUAAUGCGCAUCUGGAAAAAGCAGUGCUAUCCGUGCGACUUGGCGAUGAAGGUUGAAGUCGCAGACAAAGAGGAGAUCAAGAGGUUCUACGCCGGCAAAUUGGACAAGGCCCAGACACCUGAGUUCUAUGAUAAGAUGUACGGUCACGAGGGUCUCCCUGAGUUGAAGUAUGGGACAGUCAACUCGGCCAUCAGCCCUGACUGGCAGCAGAUCUCUACUGACAAGAUUGGCAACUUCUACUGUGGUAAUAUGGCAUACAUGGCUCCCGACGCAAGCUUCUUUCCUGCUGCUCUCCCGUCGGAUGGCUGCAUGGACCUUGUUACAAUCGAUGGGGACCUCAGCGCUAUGAAAGGGGCCAAUGUCUUGCUUUCCGUUGAGGCCAGCGCCAGGGCCAGCGCCAGCAUGUCCAAGAAGUUUGGUCGCCUCACAUCGGGGCCUUGGGGGAGGCUCAAGCCCGUGGAUCAAGAAUCGCUCGACAGUAUGGGCCUGGUCUCCAAGGGCGAUGAUCGACUGAGAGACGAGGUCACACAAGAGAAGUACUUUCGUACCAUCAUGGAGAAGUACAUGAUCUUCUGCGUAGAUGCUGCGACAGGUGAUGAGCUGAGCCGACGAUUCGCAGCUCUGGAGUUAGCAGAGGGAGCAGGACCGCUUUCAGCACCAACAGCUGCGCCCUUGCGAGGUCCGAGCAGAGCAGAAACACCCACCGUGAACCCGGAUGCGGAGGAGCACCCAGAAGAACCGCCAGAUAAAUUCAGAUCUAAGACAAAAAUAGAGGUUGCUCCAAAGAGCAAGCAAUCUGUACUUGUUUCUCGCAGCACAGAAAGGGAGUCCACGGCAUUCUCGACAUCCUCAGAGACGGCGCCUCGGCCGUCUUCGGAAAAGUUGGCCGAUCCGGAGAAUACCAGGGCACUUUCGGACAUUUUGACGGCUCUCCGAAAGCUACGCGAAGGCAUAGUAGCCUCGAAGCGGGUCGACGAUUUCGCGAAUCAAGCCUAUCUUUUCGGCGUCCGGUUGAGCAUACUCGUCCGCCAUCCUGAGUCUUACCAUCCCGCCAUACUCCGGCUCCUUCAAUGGCUCCACCCACAAAAUGCUCUCGAAUCCAUGACAAAAGAGGAAAUUGUUGGUUAUCUCGUUCUCGACACAGCAUGCCGUAGAAAGGAGCUCACAGAGGCGUUCAUUCUCGCAAAGAAGUAUCGACUGAGGAGUGGCAAGGUCUACGCCGUGCUUCAUGCACUCGUCCACGACAAUUGGGUCCGCUUUCGGAAGCUCAAGGGUGAGGUAGACGGGCACAAAGCAAGGAUCAUGGAGUUUGCAGAAGACGACAUGCGAAUCACGACACUGAAGGCUUUUGGGAGGACUUAUAUGAGCGUGAGAGUGGACUUCCUGGAGGCAAUGACAGACAUAACGUGGCCCGAAAUACAGAAAAACUAUGAAUGUGGCUGGCAAAGGGAAGGAGAUUUGGUCAUUAUUCGGAAAGUCAAGGGCAAGGCCCAGGCUUGA